UCUUAAGCGCAUGCGCCUAGUUUGGGAACUGAGAUCAUGAUUGUUUCCUAAAUUUGUGCAGUUUUGUUUUCCCCAAAAUUUAUCUUUAUGAACGGUGUUAAAUGGCUUGUCUAGCCAAUUUGAAACUAGACAUAAAACUACUUGAAACAAAAUUUCCUAAAACGCACCCAAGAUUUCAAGUUCUUUCCGCAACAGUUGAUGAAAUUACGUGUCGGUUUAUUGGCAAAAAUGGAGAAAAAUACGAUGUUCAGGCGAACAUAACGGAAACCUAUCCACAGUCAGCUCCUAUAUGGUUCAGUGAAAGUGAAGAUGCUGGUGUUGUCGGAGUUGUUGGGGAACUAGCCAAUACUCCAAAAGAACAAUUCAAUAUAUUAUACCAAUCCAAGUUGCUCCUGGAAGGUUUAUGCAAACUCCAUAAUUUAGAAGUGCCUGUUGAAGUCACCGACCUAGAUGAUGCACUUUCAAAAAGAGGCAUCGUUGUCAAAAUGAAUGUCGACCCAGUUUCUGAGGAUGAAGAUGACGAUGAAGAGUUUCAUUAUGACAUGGAAGAGGAAACUCACAGUACUGAACAGAAAGCAAAGGAAGAAGUUGAUGGGAUAGAUGUUGAAAACUUGGCUGUGUUAGAAAGAUUGAAACAGAACCAGCGACAGUCUUAUCUCAAAGGAUCUGUCCAAGGCUCAGUUCAAGCUACAGAUAGAUUGAUGAAAGAACUCCGAGAUAUUUACAAGUCUGAUAGCUACAAAAAAGAGAUCUACACCAUUGAACUAGUCAGUGAUUGUUUGUAUGAAUGGAAUGUACGCUUAAAAAAAGUAGACAAAGACAGUGAAUUGUAUAAAGAUAUGCAAACUUUUAAAGAGAAAGAGGGAAAAGAUCAUAUUUUACUUAAUUUUACUUUCAAAGAAACAUUUCCCUUUGAUCCACCUUUUGUCAGAGUGAUCAGCCCUGUUGUUUCCGGUGGCUAUGUACUCGGUGGUGGUGCCAUCUGCAUGGAAUUACUCACAAAGCAGGGCUGGAGCAGUGCCUACAGUAUUGAGUCUGUUAUUCUCCAGAUAGCAGCAACACUGGUCAAAGGGAAAGCCCGCAUUCAAUUUGGGGCCACUAAAAAUCAAUACACUCUGGCUAGAGCACAACAGUCUUUCAAAUCUUUGGUUCAAAUUCAUGAAAAAAAUGGUUGGUUUACUCCUCCAAAGGAAGAUGGCUGACACAACCGGAUGAGGUGUUCAGCCUAUAAAUAUAUACAUAGUAUAAAUAUAUUUAGUUUUUGGUUUGAAAGCUGGUGUUUGUACAUAGAUAUAUAAUUAUAUUUACAUUGUAAGGUGCGCUGACCCAUGUUGUACAUGAUGUAUUGUGUGCCAAGUGUGUGUGUGAAUGUGUGUGUGUGUGUGCGUGCGCGCGCUCCACAGCUAUAUAACAAGUCAACGCAGUGAGAUGGACCAACAUAUUUAUAUCGAGGGAAGAAAGGCAAAUGAAAACAAAUCUACUUGCAACUUGAACUCUGAACUUUGCAUGAUGGUACUAAAGGUCAUAGUUCAGCUAAUGACCCAGAAUGUUGGUUCUAUCUGAUGUCUUUCGCAAUGUACAUCUUCAGACUUGGACUCUACCAAGAACCAAGUCCUUCAUUUUCACAUCAACUUUUGUCUUAUAAGGACAAAAAAAAAAUGAAAGAAAAAAAAAAACAAAAAAAAUUAUUAUGAAACUUUUUUUUUUUUUUUUGGCUUUGUAUUAUUGAGACGUUUUGUUUUGUUAAGAAAUGCGUGUUUUUAUAUGAACUGCCCCAUUGGAUUUACUUAGUUCAUUUUGAUAGAGGAAAGAUUUACUCUGAUUGUUUUUUUUUUGUGUUUGAUCCUGAGCAGGUCAAAAAGUUGAAAGGUUGAUCUAUUUAUAGUUCUGGAUUUGUGAUACUCUGAAUGCUGCUUCAUGCUAUCUCCUACAAUCAUGUUGUUUGGAAGGCGGCCAUUAUUUAAAGUUCAGUCCUUUUGUACAAGCUGCACUAUCAAUUAAUGAAACAAUUUGACUCUCUUUCAUGCAUGCCCUGGGUCCUUAGUCUUUAGUAGUGUCUGCCAGGUAACAAGCACAUCUUCGGGUCAGGUUGACCCGUCUGUCAAUUCCAUUUUAAAAUAUCUUUGAGUUUGUUUCCAUUAACUUUUAGACUCACUGACCUGUGAAAAAAAAAAAAUCAGCUGUCUUCUAGUGUCUCUACAUUCAAAUGGACUUUGUGAUAUUGAAUUUACAUAGCAUUAGCAUUGAUUAUAUCUGAUAGGGGAAACUACCAUUUGAUAGCUAGGGGAGGUUACUGCCCUUUUAAAUGCCUAGUUUGGUAUGAUUUGUCUCAGUUGUAAGCUUCCAGCACUCUGUACAGAGCAACUAGGGCUAAGAUAACAAUUUUUUUUAACUUAAAGAAGCUUAGUCAGUUCUUUGUCUUUUAAGAAGGAACUCAUUUUGGUCUCUCAGGACGGAUCAAAACAACUUGGUUUAGUUGCAGAAUGUGUUACUUACAUAGCAAUACAAGUGUAUUAUAGGCAACAUGUUACAAACUCAUAAUUGGCGAGUCUCAGAAUCAAGUAAUUUACAAUUUGUCUUUGACCGUGUGAUUUCCAUCAGAUCUUGUGUAGGGAGGUUUUCAAGUAGGAGGCCCGGUAUUCCAACACUUGGGCCAUGAACUCAUUUGAGAGGGUGAAACGAAAACGACUUUCCACGUGUUAGGUUCUUGCCGACAUUGUUUUAAAUGUUUGCCACUCUAUACUGAUCAUGUUUCUCUAACCCAAUUGGGCUGAGGGCUGGAUAGGUCUCUGACUAGAACACAGGCUUUCUUACUAUGUUUUGUCAAAUUUUGUGUACAUAGCAAAUGUCUUUAUCACUGAAUGUCCUGAUUAAACCAAUGAAUAUAUUUGUGCA